CUUGAUUUGGUUGUUUUAGUAUUAAGAUCAUUAGUGUUGUAACGUUGGUGCGUGACGGUAACAAAUAAACCUUGACCUUGAUCGCAGAUUUGAACGGGGCAAUUAGAUUACAUUGUUUUAAAAUUAUGGACAAGGAAAUUUCCAUUUCUGUUCGACCGGAUCCUGACGUCGCUGAACCUUUGGCCGAGCAUACGGCAACCAUCAUCUUCAUCCACGGUCUUGGUGACAAGCCAGAAACGCUACAUGAGCCCAUCAACCAGUGGAGGAGCAAUGGCCAUGUUGAUAACAUUAAAUUCGUGCUACCUCAUGCGCCAAUAAUCUCAUUUACAGCGAAAGCGAGUGCUUAUAUGCCUGCAUGGUUUGAUAUUAAAGUUUACGAUGGCUCGCCAGAUGCGCUUCGGACAGAUGAGGACGUGGAUGGCAUUCUUGCCAGUAGAGACUACAUCCAUAGCCUCAUCCAAGAAGAAAUCAGGGCUGGGAUUCCGUCCAAGCGUAUCAUGAUUGCCGGGUUUUCCCAAGGCGGAGUGAUAGCCGUGGCUGCUGGGUUAACUUUUCCGCAGCCUCUUGCAGGAAUUGCUUUGCUUUCCGCAUGGCUACCGUUGGCUCAGAAAUUCAUGGAAUACGUCCCCGAGGAGAAUCCAAACAAAGAAACUCCCAUAUUCCAGGGCCACGGCGUCGACGACCGCUUGGUGCCGGUGGGAUUUGCGAAGAAGAGCCGAGAAGCCCUGACGGCGAUGGGAUUUUCAGUUUCUUGGAACGUGUACGGCCGACUGGGUCAUGAGACUUGCGAGGACGAGCUGGACGAUGUAGAGGCCUUUAUUGAAGAAAAGCUGCUGUAGCUGGAGCUUGGAAACAGGGACUUUUUGACUUGAUGAUGGAGCUGGAUGGGCAAGUUUACAGGUUACGGGUAUGAAAUCGGGAGUUGCGAAAUCUGUGUUUCUUUUUUUGAAACGCCAAGCAAGAUGCGGGCGGUUUGACGACUGCCAUGCCUGUGCUCCAUAUCAGAUUGGAAAUGGAAGCCAAAGAGUGGAAACGGAGGGACGUGUUCGUUGGCGCUUAGGCCGGGCCAAAUGCAAGAAACUGAGGGCCAUUGCGCCACUAAAGCUACCUAAAGGCUAUGUAUGGGGGGGAUGAUCCGCUGGCAUACAGAUUGAUCACCAACAUUGCACGCCAUGCAGAUAAUAAAUGCCUCCAGACUUUCUAUGCCAGCCAGUUCUAUUGAAUGUUUGUUUGUC